AUGGUGCUUGCAGAGCUGGGACAACAGAUCUCUGGGGCUCUUAGGAACCUCCAGAGCGCCACAAUCGUUGAUGAGGCUGUAGUAAAUGAUUGUGUAAAGACAGUAUGCCGUGCGCUGCUGCUGGCGGACGUGCAGCUGCGGGUAGUGCAGGACUAUAAGAAGAAGGUUACGCAGCAGAUAAAUACGCAGAUAAGGCAGCAGAGCAGCAGCAGCAGCAGCAGCAGCAGCAGUAGCAGCAGCAGCAGCAGUGGUGGUGGUGGUGGUCAUAGCAACAGGAAGAAAGGAGGAGCAGCAGCAAACAGCACUAGAGGGUUUGAUGCCGCAACUGGUGUUGCAGUGCAUGCAGACAAACAAGGAGAUGUCAUGAGCGAGGUGUACAUACAGGCAGCAGCAGCAGGAGUUAAUACUAGACGUAUUAUUCAAAAGUGUGUAGUGAGCGAAUUGGUGGCAUUAUUAACCCCCGAGAAAAAAGCACGACCAUUAAAAAGAGGAUAUUCAAAUGUUGUUAUGUUUGUUGGAUUACAAGGAUCAGGGAAGACUACAACUUGUACUAAAUAUGCACUUUAUUACCAAAGAAAAGGAUGGAGAACAGCCUUAGUUUGUGCAGACACUUUUAGGGCAGGCGCUUUUGAUCAAUUAAAACAAAAUGCAACAAAAGCAAGAAUUCCUUUCUUUGGCAGCUAUACGGAGGCAGAUCCAGUCAAGAUAGCAGAAGAGGGUGUGCAACAAUUUAGAGAUGAAAGAUACGAUCUAAUUAUUGUAGAUACAUCAGGAAGGCACAGACAGGAGGCUGCUCUCUUUGAAGAAAUGCAACAAGUUGCAGAUGCUGUGAACCCGGACGAUAUCGUCUUUGUAGUAGAUUCACAUAUUGGACAAGCGUGCUACGAGCAAGCAGCAGCGUUCGCCUCUAGUGUUCCUGUAGGUAGUGUUAUUGUUACGAAACUUGAUGGUCAUGCUAAGGGAGGAGGUGCACUCUCAGCAGUGGCUGCCACUGGAGCCCCGAUUAUAUUUUUGGGUAGCGGCGAGCAUUUUGACGACUUUGAUCCUUUUGAUGCAAAUUCUUUUGUUUCUCGCCUCCUUGGUCUCGGGGAUAUGGGGGCAUUAGUAAAUAGUCUAAAAGAAGUAAUUUCUACAGAAAAACAACAACAAAUGAUAGAAAGAAUUGCAAAAGGAAAAUUUACUCUCCAAGACAUGUAUGAUCAAUUUCAGAAUGUACUCAGGAUGGGACCUAUUAGCAAGGUGAUGAGCAUGAUUCCUGGGUUUGGUUCAAAUUUAUUCCCCAAGGGGCAGGAGCGAUUAGCGACUCAGCGGUUAAAGAGGUUGACGUGUGCUAUGGAUUCUAUGACAAAAGCUGAGCUGGCUUGCGAGAAACCCUUCACGGAUUCACGCAUUAUAAGGGUUGCGCAAGGCUCGGGUACAUCUGUUGAGGAAGUUCGCCUCUUGUUAGAGCAGCAUAAGCAAUUUAGUAAGAUGGUGAAUAAGAUGGGUCGUGUAGGUCUAACAAAGGAAACAACUUUGCAGAACUUGGCAAGAAAUCCUCAGCAAAUUCUUCAUAAGAUGCAAUCCGCCAUUGAUCCAAGAAUCCUUAAACAGAUGGGAGGAGCAGGGAAUAUUAUGUCAUUAUUUAAAGAGUUGCAAUCGGGUGACCCUGGAGAUCUACAAGAGGCAAUGCGUCAUUUUGCUGGUCUAGGCGGCAGAUAA